ACAACCGGCCACUUUUUCGCAAUUUUUUUUUCCAUGUGCAGGCUAGGUAAAGAAAUGGCGACUGAGGAAGGGAUCGAUGACCAGCAGAGCGGAGGGAAUCAGGGCACGAAUGGGGAUGGGGAACGAAACGAGGGAUCAGCCAGGGAUCGAGAAUCGACCAAAAUGGAAGGAACCCGAGAAGACGGAAAGGACGCCUCAAUUGGAGAAAACUCGGAAAAAGUUGGGGGUAGCAAAAGGGGACCUCAGGAAAACAGGGAAGGAGGAAAUGACAUGAGAACAAGCCCUCGGAACUCGGUAGGAGCCACCCCUAAAAAGACAAAAGUCUCGGAUGCCAGUCGUAAAUUGGCAGAAAUAGAAAAUCAGACUGCAGAAUUUAAGGCAAGGCUUAUCGAGGAGAUGAUGGCCGAGGAUGAGGAGGACCCCCAGAGCGCCGGGUCAUGUGAGGGAUGCAAAACCGGUCAGGACGAGGCCAUGUAUGAGGGGAAGAAUAAUAGCCACAAAGGAACGCCUAGCAAGAAGGGGAAGGACAAGAACGACCCCCCGGCGGAGGGGACGGAAAACGCUAUGACCCCGCCUGCCGCCGACAGCAGCACUAACCGACUGCCAGCCACGGCGAAAGUAACAGGGGCGUGCGACAGACUCUGGAGCCUUAGGGAAAGGGUGCUAGGAUGGUUUGACCCAGAAGGAACGCCAAAAAACAGGGAGAAGCAGAGGGAAAGCAAGGAAGGGGAAGGGACCAGUACAGCUAGAGAAGCGGGUAGUUCCGAAGGUGGUCUCAAGAGGAUAGUCACCACCCUCACCCGGGCACUAAACAAGAACCAGGGAUACCUCGCAGAUGCAAAGAAGAAACUCACGUUCGACGGGGCAAACAUUACGGAGUUUCUGAUAGACUAUGAGAACCUAGCAGCCUUACUAAAAUGGACGGAAGAGGAAAAGAUGGAGCACCUAGGGCAGCACGUGUCGCUAAGCUUGGGAAGGGACAUUAUGGCCAUCGUCGCGGCCAAUGAAUCCUGGAAAGAAACCAGGAACGAAAUGAUGAGGAAAUACCUGAAGGCAGAGAAAAUGGCAACAGAGGACGAAUUAGCAGCAAUCCAGAGGAAAAACUAUGCGACUUACAACGAUUUCCUAAGGGCAUUUACGUGGUUCGUGUUCAGGAAGCCCAAUAAGACGCUUAGGUGGAUCCAGGACCUGCACAAGCUCAAUGUGGUAACAAUUAGGGAUGCAGGCUCGCUUCCACAGGCCGACUUGUUGGCAGAGUCUCAUGCGGGACAGAGCAUUUACUCCCUGGUAGACUUGUACUCAAGAUAUGAUCAGUUGCCGCUCGACGUGAGGGAUGGACCGUACACCGCAAUGCACACCCCCGUAGGACAGUUGCAAAUGCAAGUGACCCCUAUGGGUUUCACAAAUGCGGUAUCAAAGGCGCAAAGGAGGAUGCUCGCCGUCACAGGGGAUAUGUUUCCAAAGAAGUGUGAACCGUAUAUAGAUGAUAAUCCCGUAAAAGGCGCAAGGUACAAGGACGAGACAGAGGUCAAGCCGGGUGUGCGAAAAUUUGUCUGGGAUCACCUGCAGGAUAUCAAGGAUCUCCUACAACGGUUCUUGCUCUAUAAUAUUACCGCAAGUGGGCCAAAGAGCAUUCUGGCUGUCCCGGAGGUAACUUUACUGGGAUUUCGCUGUGGGGCCUAUGGGAGGAGACCCGACCCAGCAAAGACAGAUAAGAUCGCUUAGUGGCUGACACCCCUAGGAAUGGCAAGCAUGGUCGCAA